CUCAUUUGGAACUUUCAUAGAUCGCGCGUAGACGCCUGGAGGCGUAGGAAAGUAAUGAAGGCGAUUAGAGGCGUGCUGCUGACCUGUGAUCCUGCCGUCAAGCAGAUUCUCCUCAUCCUCAACGAGAAGUACAACUCGUCCGGCGGAGGCGGAGGCUUCAUCAUCGAAGACCUCGACGACUGGCAUAUAGUGAUCAAAGCAGACGAGGAGAUGCGCGUGCGGCGCGAGCUAGAGACUGAGUUGGAAAAGAACACGUAUACUUUGGAGAACUGACUAUACAAUUACGAUGGAAAAUUGACCGUUUCUCUCUCGGAUGCCGCUCUAUUCUUCAACUGGCUCCGUCGCGUGCGUGUCGCAUUCUG